AUGGCGCGAUUCCAAAUUAUCCUCGCAGUCCUCGCAUCAUUCAUAUGGUGCUCAAGCGCACAGUUCGGCUUCUUCGAUCAGAUGUUCGGUGGUGGUGGAGGGCAGCAACAUCAGGAGCCGCAGAAUGUGAGGAGUGAUAGUAGUUGGUAUCAAGCACAGUAUGAGGCUGCACAAUGUUCUCACUACCUCUGCCCCGGCACCCUUUCCUGCGUCCACUUCCCGCACCACUGCCCUUGCGCCUGGGACAGCACAGAAGAAAAGGUCGAGCUUGGUGAUGGAAUCGCCAUCUGUGGCAGCAAGGGAGGAUGGAGCAAUGGCGAAUUUGGCAAGAAGGUUGAUUUGGCUAGGAAGGGUUUGCUCUAA